AUGGUCCCUAGCGGCCGCAAGGCUACGAGUAAAUCACAUCAUUUAAUAAGUACUGCCUCCAAAACUAGUAUGACGGGCAGGUUGCACCCUGUUGAGACUGAGGACGUGGUGCUCCCACGUAAAAGAGCCCCCCACCAGGCAAAAGCGGUGCGGAAUUGGAAGAGGGCAAAAGCCCUACCUGAUUUGUCUGACUCUGAUUCGGACUCAGAGGAGGUUUCAGACAGGUCCGAUGCCAUCGACCCAGUUUAUUCGGAGGACUCUUCCCCUGAACGCAGUGAGGCUGCACCGCCAGCUGUAGAAGCUGAGCAGGAGGCGGACAAAUCCGCCAUCUUAGAUCCCCAAGGGAAACCCCUUUUUGACCCUGAUGCCCUGCAUAACCCUUGCUCGGCUUACUGGUACCCCACGACCCAUGUGGCCAUUUAUAUAGCAAACAGGGUGAGGAAGACCCUCGAUAAGGCCACGAGGAGUAAACUGAGGGCGGAAUGCCCACGCCCUACACGGUCCCAGACAUGGCCGCGUGACCCCCGAAGUGGAUCCCAAGACAGUUUUCUUGUUAAACCGGGAUGGAAGGCCAAAAAGGGGCUGGACUAUUCUCUAAGAAAUUGUCAGGACAAGGUCCUGGACAUACUCUGGCCUAUAGCCAAGAUUUUCGAAACAGCCCUAACUGAGGGGACCCCAAUAGAUCUAUUGGCCAUCAGGGGAUGGAUCCAGAGCGGCAUUUGCCUGAUUGGAAACACCAACACUGCUUUUGCCACUGAACAGCGUAAAGCCAUAUUAAUAAAAAAUUGA